AAACUGUUGGACACACUGGAGCUCAUAACAUUAGCUCACGAGAACUCACUGAGAAUGUUGCAAAUCGGGACUCGGAAGAGCGCCAGCCAAACCGAGCAGUUGUGAGCCUGGAACAGUUUUAACACCAACGGGUCAGGCGCAAUUUUCAGGGACCCACUUAAACAAAACGCUUUUUUUUAAGAAAGAAGACUGAGAUAAAUAUUCUUGUUUGACGACCUCAAGAGCAGAGCAGUAGUGACCAAAGACAGAAGCACCGUUUAUCUUAACUGGACCGUAGUUCCCUAGCUGCUGCUCUUUCAAUGUGGAAUAACGUUUCGCUGCUUUUGCCAGGCUGAAAUCCACCAGGAUCAGGACUUUCCUCAUGGCUGCCUUGUUCUUCGGGCUGCUCUUGUUUGCAAUGCAGUCCCCUCCCAUUUCCUCCAGGCCUGCCAAGAGCCUGGCAAGGGGACUGCCUCCAUUGGCCAGCCCACCCCAAUUGACCCCCAACGACACAAGGGCCACAGGCCCCCCCAACGGCACCCUCCAGCAGCUUCCCCAGAUCCUCAUCAUCGGGGUGAGGAAGGGUGGCACACGGGCACUCAUCGAGAUGCUCAGCCUCCACAGCGCCGUGGCAGCGGCCGAGAACGAGGUGCACUUCUUUGACUGGGAGAGCCACUUCCAGAAGGGCUUGCCCUGGUACCUGACCCAGAUGCCCUUCGCCCUGCCCGACCAGCUAACGGUGGAGAAGACCCCAGCAUACUUCACCUCAACCAAGGUCCCGGAACGGAUCCACCAGAUGAACCCAGACAUCAAGCUGCUUCUCAUCCUCCGAGACCCAACGGAACGAGUCCUGUCGGACUACACCCAGGUGUUCUACAACCGGCUUCAGAAGCACAAGCAGUACCACCCCAUCGAGUCGGUGCUGGUCAAGGACGGUGAGAUCAACCUUGGAUACAAAGCCCUCAACCGCAGUCUGUACUACCUUCACAUGCAGAACUGGCUGCGCUACUUCCCCCUUGAGAGCAUCCAUGUUGUUGAUGGGGACGAGUUGAUCAGAGACCCGUUCCCAGAGAUAAAGAGGGUGGAGAGUUUCUUGAACCUAGAACCGCAGAUUAACCCAUCAAAUUUCUACUUUAACAAGACUAAAGGGUUCUACUGUCUGAGGGACCACGGGCGGGAGCGCUGCCUACAUGACUCAAAGGGUCGGGCGCACCCCCAAGUUGCCCCAGCCAUCCUCCAUAAACUUUACAGAUUCUUUCAUGAACCCAAUAAAAAGUUCUUUGAGUUGGUGGGCCGAACAUUCCAUUGGAACUGAGCUGAUUUGCCUCUUGUUCUAUGUUACAUCUGCACGAACUCUGUUUCAGUGGGAUUUCUGUUAACACGUAUUUUGUUUUGAAUACAAAUGAGCUAAUGCUGAUUAAAUGUAUGAAGUGACAAUUAAGCUAAAUAUAUUUUUAUAUUAUUUGAAACAUGGCAGUGUUGUGAUGAAGCAAACAUCUGACUUUGCCACCUUUUUUGGUGAUUCCUUUCAAUGUGUCUUUAGAUCCUUUUUUCUUUGUAUGUGACUGCUAUGCUAAACAGAAUACCAGUGUGUGUACUAAGCUAAAUCUAUACAAGGAAGUCAAUUUAUCAGCAGUAAGGGCAUUCAAAGGUCAGACAGUGUUGGUUAAUGUGGCACCUUCAUAUGAUUAAGAUUGAGUGAUCAGUAUAUGGCAGUUUACUACUCUCAUAGAAAAGUAAAUGUUUAUCUUUUACUUACAGAACAAUGCACAUUUCAAAUAUAAUGUGAAGCUGUAGUUGUGAUGCUCUGAACAAUCUUUAUUUGCUGCCCUGUUUUUAUUUUCUGUCAUUUUCAGUUACAGUCGUACCAACUAAAUGUAAUAUAUGUGCAUAUUGUUACUCAAACGAUGGAAGGGUCAAGUAAGUAUUACAGUCCUGCUAUGUACACUGUGUCUGUUUAUAAUACUGUAAGUAUAAUAGAUUUUCUACAAAAUGAAGGAUUAAUUCAGUAAUAAAAUUUUAUUUUAU